AUGAAUGUUUUUACUAAAAGUGGGAAGUUUAUUUGGUCUUAUAAACGAUUUAUUUCAAAUACAUUUCCGAAAUUUGCUGGAAGAAUUCCUGAAUCGGAGAAAAUUAUGUAUUUACCAUUAUAUUUUGAUGCUCAAGCAACAACACCAAUGGAUCCCAGAGUUGUUGAUGCUAUGCUUCCAUAUAUGAUUGAUAGUUUUGGUAAUCCUCACUCCAGGACACAUUAUUAUGGAUGGGAAAGUGAAAAAGCUGUAGAGGUAGCAAGAGAACAGGUUGCUAAUAUAAUAGGAGCUGAUCCUAGAGAGAUUGUUUUUACAUCUGGUGCCACAGAAUCAAAUAAUAUAGCAGUGAAAGGUAUUGCUAAAUUUUACAAAGAAACUGGAAAAAAUCACAUUAUAACAGUAAGUACUGAACAUAAAUGUGUUUUAGAUUCAUGUAGAAGUUUAGAACAUGAAGGUUUCAAUGUCACAUAUUUGCCUGUAAAAAAGAAUGGUCUUAUUGAUAUGGAAAUGUUAGAAGAAAAAAUGACUGAUAAGACAUCACUUGUUUCAGUGAUGGCUGUAAACAAUGAAAUUGGUGUUAUACAACCACUUAAAGAAAUUGGUGAUUUGUGUCGGUCAAAAAAAGUUUUCUUUCAUUCUGAUUGUGCUCAAGCUGUAGGAAAAAUGCCUAUUAAUGUUAAUGAUAUGAAGAUUGAUCUUAUGAGUAUAAGUGGUCAUAAAAUAUAUGGACCUAAAGGUGUUGGGGCAUUAUAUGUUAGAAGACGACCUCGUGUUAGGUUGGAAUCUAUCAUUUCUGGUGGUGGACAGGAACGAGGUAUGCGUUCUGGUACACUUCCAACUCCACUUGUUGUAGGAAUUGGUGAAGCUUGUAGGAUUGCUUAUAAUGAGAUGGAAAUGGAUAAUAAAUAUAUUAAAGUAUUAUCAGAAAGAUUAAUAAAGGGAAUCCAAGAUAAGAUUCCAAAUGUUUAUCGAAAUGGAGAUGAUGACAAAUGUAUACCAGGAUGUGUUAAUCUUUCAUUUGCUUAUGUUGAAGGAGAAAGUUUACUUAUGGCUUUAAAAGAUAUUGCUUUAUCUUCAGGAAGUGCUUGUACCUCAGCAAGUCUUGAACCCUCUUAUGUUCUUCGUGCUAUUGGUGCUGAGGAAGAUUUAGCACAUUCUUCUAUUAGAUUUGGCAUAGGAAGAUUUACAACUAUUGAAGAAAUUGAUUAUACUGUAGAUAAAUGCAUUAAACAUACACAAAGACUUCGAGAAAUGUCUCCAUUAUGGGAAAUGGUUCAAGAGGGUAUAAAUUUAAAAGAAAUUAAAUGGACUCAACACUAA